UGACCUUUCAGAGGAUGUUUCUCCUCGGAUGUUGCCAGCACUGAUAGUCAAUCUUACGGCUGCCGGUUGCCUCGUGUAUUGAACAUGUGCUUAGAAAGUGAAUUUGUUUGUAAAUUGUGUGAUAUUUUGGUCAUAAAUUGAAGCAAGUGUGUACCAGAUGGGUAAAUCUAAGCGUAAUAAAGCGAAAACAAGAGCCAAAAAUCCAACCGGUCUUCCCAGCAUUCGUGAUAUUGAAAGGGAACAAAGUGAAUUGGGUGGUGGAGUUAGUGACCAGAAGUCCAAACAAGAAUAUGCAAUUCAGACUCUACUUGAACUGCUUCAGUCUCCAGAUGCAGAAAACAAGGUUAUUGGCCUACAGACAUUAGCUACAGUGUUUGAUGUGCCUGGUUCUGUGGAAGAUGUUAUGAAACAUACAGUAGUGAAAGUAGCUGCACCAUUACUCUUUGACAAGAGUACAACUGUCAGGAAUGCAGCAGCUGGAGCACUUAGAAAUUUGAGUGCUUGUGGAAGCCAUGACAUUUGUAAUUUACUUGUUGAGCAAGAUGUAAUGACACCACUUUCCGCAUUGAUUCAGAAGUAUGCUGCAGAUUGGCAACCUUCAAAAAAGAACUUUGAGGAUAAAGUAGAUGAAGUAACAGACACUUUCAAUCAAGCGGUGCACUUGCUGUGGAACCUGUGUGAAAGUAGCAGUACAGCAGUGAAGUAUUUCAACAGCGGAAACUUACUGCCUGUUCUUGCCAAGUGUCUGGAAGUUAGUGUAUUUGGAAUGGACACAGCAAUUGCAGUUGCGCAGUGUCUUCUCAUUGUAACAGAGGAUAAUCCAACAUCUGUUAGUAAGCUGCAGGGUUCCAGUUCUCUACUUCAGAAACUUCUUGACCUUGAGGGCAGUGAACCAGCUGUGUUGCUUCUCAGAACUCUGUCUUGUGGUUUGACACUUAACUUGAACUAUGGCAAGGUGUUAAGCCUGUCACCUACCACCGUGACACAGCUGGUGUGUAAUCUGUCAGCCACUCUGAGUGUUGAUCAUCGCAAGGCUCUCAACAGUUUCACAAGCAACUUGCCCCUUGACGAAGCAGCUGAAACACCAAAGCAGAAAGACAUGUCAGAGUCUGUCACUGCGAUGCAGUAUCUCUUGGAAGCUCAGAAGAUUGCUGUUGAGUUAUUGGCAAAUAUAUGUACUGGUGAUGAUGAUGAGGAUGCCAUGGAUCAGGAUUCAUCUGACAGCAGCAGUGUUGAUCUGCUGAGUGAUUCAGGCUUAGCUGAGGAGGAUGUUGUUUCAGUAGCUGAGAAAUUCUCUCUCAGUGUACCAUCAGAGGUUCAUGAAUCAUUAGUGAGUGGUCAGCUAGUACAGAAGGUAGAGGAAAAAACUCAGCUACCUGCCGAAAAUGUGUGUGAAAUCUUGAAGAACAAUGUUGAUGGGAAACACAUAUUUAAUAAGUUGUUAGAAUUGAGAUGUCAUGCCCUAUUAUGUCUUAGCAACCUUAUAGCUGGUCUUGAGGUAGAAGACCUGGGCGGAACCAGUAAUCUUUAUCAGAUGUGGCUUCACAUUGGCUUACUUAUUUUUAAGCAGACAGAUCAGAGUGACACAAAACUCCUAGAAGCAGCCACAUCUGCGCUGAGAGAAGCACUCCGUAAACUUGCUGAAGUCAAUUGUAAUCUGUUUGAAGAAUUAACAGAAUCAGACUUACAGUUAAUGUUUAAUGCUGAAAUGCAAUGUCCAGAUGCAAAUGUCAGAACCAACCUCAUCAGGAGUAUUGGCCUCUUAGGCAUGAUUUUCACAAAGUCAAUGGAAACUAAGAGUCAAACAUUGCUGAAGAAUAUUGGCAAAUUCCUCCUGGAUAUUUGUAAUCGAGAGUCAGAAUUGUGGGUCACAAUUGAAGCUGUUGAUACAAUAAUGGAUGUAUUUGGAGAGGAUGAGACUGAUAUUGCAGCAGCACAGAUUAAUCUUGUAGAGAAAUUGCAAACAUUGUUGCCAUCGCUGAAACACAAGGUACGUCUCCAAAGGAAGUCUCUAGGUGACCAUUAUUUAGUGGUUACAACAGUCAGUACAAACCUCAGUCGCUUCAUAAAGUAUAAAUCAAAACGGGUCUCACUCAUUGGUCAGACCAAUGGUCAUGGCAUAUAAACUGUUGUUCAUCUGAAAGUGUUUUUUCACAUUUUAUUUACCAUUACCAUUGUAUCAUUGUUUUUAUAAAAGUGAUAUUUUGCAGUUUUCAUGGUGGGAUAUAUGUGCAUCCCAGAACACGAAAUGUUGUACAGUUUUAUUGGAACAGUUAGGUGCAAUGGUACAUAACAUGUACCCUUAAACUUUGCCAGUCUUUUGAAAGCUUAUGGUUUGUUCUUGCAGUUGUAAGAAUUCAACGACAGAUAUAAAAUUUGUCUUAGCAGAAUUAUUUUACUUUUGAACGUUCAUGCUGACUUGUAACUGGCCAAUGGCUGUUGAACUCAGCACAAAAUAAAUAAAUUAUUGAACUGAAUUAAACUGAAUAUUAAUUGCAAAACUGAAACAGAGAAGUUUGAUACUGUUGAAAUAAGAUAUGUAUAUUGUUUGUGAUGUGAAUGUUUGCUGAGUGUUAUAUUACAUUACUCUCUGUUUCUAGAUGAAAUACUAAUUUUAUACACAGUAUGAUGAAAUAAAACACGCUGAGCA